UCUACCCAAGCAAGAUCAAGGUCACCUGGCUCAAGAACGGGCAGGAGCAGACCGCUAGAGUUGUGUCCACCGCGGUGAUCCAGAAUGGAGACUGGACCUAUCAGACCCUGGUCAUGUUGGAGGUGAUUCCCCAGAGCAGAGACGUCUACACCUGCAGUGUGGAGCAUGCCAGCCUCCGGAGCCCCAUCGCUGUGGAAUGGAGGGCGCAGUCUGGAUCUGCGCAGAGCAAACUUGUGAGUGGAGUUGGAGGCUUUGUCCUGGGGCUGAUCUUCCUCAGUGUAGGACUGAUCCUCCAUCUGAAGAACCAGAAAGGACAUGCUGGGCCUCAGCCUGCAGGUCUGCUGAGGUGAACAUUGGGAUUGUCCUUCAAAGAGAGGAUCUCCUUUCCCUGCUUUCCUACAUAGAGUCCCCAUCACCCAGGCCAGGGGUGAAGCUGAGUGAUUAUCCUCCAACCAACUUUCUAUUGGACCUGGACGUUGUUUGCCAUCCUCCUUCUUUCCAAAAACCCUGGAGCUUCUGCCUUCUGUUCUGAAUGUUUUCUCUGUUCUUGCCUGAGGGAAAAGGAAGUCUGCUCCUGCUCUCCCCACACAGACUCACUGUUAGUUUCACUGCUCCCCUUUUUGCAUUAACAACAUAGUUGUUUUUUUCCUCCGGAGUCUUCCAUAAUAAAGAAACAUGCCAUCAGUAUCCUU